AUGGCCUCCACACAGGCCGAGCCUCCGGCGAAGCCUAUGAGCGAGAAACAACAACUGAAGCUUGAGAAAUUCGCCAAGAAAAAAGAGAAGCAAGAACAGGAAGCGCGACUGAAACAGCAACAAGGCAUUGGCGCAUCCAAGGGGAAGAAACCUAGGGAGCAGGUUGCUCCUGCGGCCGAGACGAAAGAUUGGGUCGAGGUGACACCGGCUGGACAUCGAAAGAUAUUGAAAUCAUUGGACGACGACUUCCACAAGGCUUAUCUGCCGAAGGUUGUAGAAUCUGCCUGGUAUAGUUACUGGGAAGAGCAUGGKUUUUUMAAGCCACAAACAGAGGAGGAUGGCAGUCUUAAGCCGAAGGGUAAAUAUGUCAUCGCUAUUCCACCACCUAAUGUGACUGGCAAAUUACAUAUCGGACACGCUCUCGCACUCGCGUUGGAAGACACCCUGAUCAGAUGGCAUCGCAUGCGACAAUUCUCAACGCUUUAUAUACCUGGCUGCGAUCAUGCAGGCAUUGCGACCCAGGCUGUUGUCGAGAAGCAGCUCGCCAAAACCCCGAAAAACGGGAAAUCUAAACGCCAAGACUUCACUAGGGCUGAGUUUAUACAACUAUGUCAGGACUGGAAAGAGGAUUACCAUAAGUCGAUCAACAAUACGGUGCGCAAACUCGGCGUCUCCGUCGACUGGUCGCGCGAAGCCUUCACUAUGAGUCCGGAGCUGUCCAAAGCGGUGAAUGAGACCUUCAUCCAGCUGCACUCCGAAGGCCUUAUCUACCGAGCCAACAGGCUUGUGCAUUGGUCAUGUCGUCUCUCCACUGCUUUGUCAACGCUAGAAGUUGACCAAAAGGAGCUCGAGGGGACAACAAAGUUGGACGUGCCGGGCUAUGACAGAAAAAUUGAAUUCGGAACUCUCACUUAUUUUAAAUACCAAAUCGAGGGCUCUGAUCAUACAAUCGAAGUUGCGACCACACGUCCAGAGACUAUGCUAGGCGAUACUGGCAUUGCGGUUCAUCCUGAGGACGAACGGUAUAAUGAAUUCGUCGGCAAAAAUGCGCUGCACCCGAUCAUUCGUGGUAGAAAGCUGAGGAUCGUCGCCGACGAAUAUGUUGAUACAGAGUUUGGUACUGGCGCAGUUAAGCUGACCCCUGCUCACGAUCAUAAUGAUUUCAACCUGGGAAAGAAACAUGGUCUACCAUUCAUCAACAUUCUUAACGAGGAUGGCACGUUCAAUAGCAACGCGGGUCCUUAUGCCGGAGAGAAGAGGUUCAACGCAAGAUACGGUGUUAUUGAAGAACUUAAGAAACUCGGUCUCUAUACGAGACAAGAGCCGAACAAGAUGGUUGUCCCCAUAUGUAGCCGAUCAGGGGAUAUUGUGGAGCCACUUUUGAAGCCCCAAUGGUGGAUGAAGAUGGAGUCUCUCACGAAACCUGCCAUAGAUGUUGUUGAAAGUGGCGAGCUCGUUAUUCGACCAGAGAUACAGAAGCGAUCAUACUUGCAAUGGAUGCGGAAUCUCCAGGACUGGUGCCUGUCGAGACAACUGUGGUGGGGCCAUCAGAUCCCAGCGUAUUUUGUCACUGUCGAUGGUGAAACCAAUGGAGAUGAUUCCGAUGACAGCUAUUGGGUAUGCGGAAGAACAGAGAGUGAGGCUCAAGAAAAGGCCGAAAAGAAAUUCCCCGGUAAGAAAGUGACACUCAAGCGAGACGAGGACGUCUUGGAUACCUGGUUCAGCUCUGGUCUUUGGCCGUUUAGUGCCCUCGGAUGGCCAGAAAAAAAGGAAGAUUUCGAAAGGUAUUUCCCAACCACGACGCUUGAGACAGGAUGGGAUAUUAUACCAUUCUGGGUCAGCCGUAUGAUCAUGUUCUCUCUCAAGUUGACUGGGAAGGUGCCCUUCACGGAGGUCUACUGCCACGGGUUGAUUCGUGACAGCGAAGGCCGGAAAAUGUCCAAAUCACUGGGCAAUGUUGUUGACCCUAUCGACAUAGUUGACGGCAUCAGCCUCGGUGCUCUGCACCAAAAGCUGCUGCAAGGCAACCUAGCCCCAAGAGAGGUGAAGACUGCCGAGAAGUACCAGAAGAAGACUUUCCCCCACGGAAUUCCUGAGAUCGGGGCCGACGCCUUGCGGUUCUCGCUUAUUAAUUAUACUCAGUCCUCUGGCGGUGAUAUCAACUUCGAUGUCAAGACGAUGCAUGGCUACCGAAAAUUCUGCAACAAGAUUUAUCAGGCUACAAAGUAUGUCCUCGGUAAGCUGGGUGAUGAUUUCGUUCCUCGCGAGUCUAGUGCUUUGAUAGGAAAGGAGAGUCUACCAGACAAAUGGAUAUUGAUGAAGAUGAAUACGGCUGCGAAAGAGAUCAAUCGGGCACUCGAGGAGCGUGAAUUUUCAAGAUCAACCCAGAUCAGCUAUCGGUACCUGUACGAUGAGCUAUUCGAUGUCUAUAUCGAGAACUCAAAGGCAAUCAUCUCAGAGGGCACUCCCGACGAAGCUCGUUCUGCCAAAGACACGCUAUACACCGCACUUGAAUCCGGGUUGCGAAUGAUUUCUCCGUUCAUGCCCUUCUUGACCGAAGAGCUUUGGCAACGGCUCCCACGCCGACCGGGUGACAACACACCUUCAAUCACAAUCGCCAAUUAUCCCGAAUAUGAGUCGUCUUUUGAUGACCCAAAAUCUGAGGUGGCCUAUGAGCUUAUACUGGGUGUAUCGAAAGGCAUUCGUUCUCUCUUAUCUGACUAUGCUGUCAAGGACAAAGGCUUGGCUUAUAUCAUGCCCCUUAACCAAUUUUCACAUGACACUAUAUCAGCACAGCUCUCCACAAUCAAAUCCCUUAGCGGCAAGGUACCAGUGGAUAUCCUUAUACUCAAAGUUGGAGAAAUCAGCCCUGAGGCCUGUGCCAUUUUCUCUGUUUCGGCUGAUGCAAACGUUUAUCUUGACAUCAAGGACCGUAUCCAAGAUACAAAGAAAGAGGUCGAAAAGUUCAAAGGGAAACUAGUCGACGCAAUGAAGGACCAAGAAGAUGUCGAAUCGAUCAUAGCCGAGCUGAGCAAGGUGCAUGACAAGGAUGUGGCUGAUGCUUUGCGAUCAGCCGACCGCAGGAAGCGGGAUGUCAGUGCCUCUUUGCGGGCAUUAGAAGAUACAGUCGCGAUGUUUGAGAAGAUGACCAUCUAG